GAGGAGCUUGCACCCCUGGUUUCUCCGCCGAGAGCAUCAGUGUGCGCGCGUCCACAACAAUCGCAGCAGCAAAACAAUAGGCCAGUAAUGAGAUUAGUUUAAUGAUGACUCGGCCACUGGGACGUGCAUCAGCUGAACGCUUGCCUCUCGGUAUACAAUAAUCGCUGCUGGAGCAACAAUCGUGAGGCAAAAGUGAGGAUUAUCGAGUGUAUAGAGUGUGGAGCUGAAAGAAGCGUAUCUGAGGGGACGACUCGACGGAUAUGGACGAGAACCUGAGCCGCGGAUACGUCCAGCUAGGCAAGGCCAGGAGGAUGAACGAAUUCAAGUUCAACGAGAACGGCUUCGCGAGGCUCUCGCCGCCAGUCGACAAGUACAACCUUAUCUACCUGUCGCUCAUACUGGCGGGAGCCGGUUUUCUGCUGCCCUACAACAGCUUCGUCAUCGCAGUGGAUUACUUCCAAGCGAGAUACCCCGGGACGACUGUCAUAUUCGACAUGUCCGUUGUCUACAUCACAAUGGCUUUCUUCGCAGUUCUGGUCAAUAACGUACUGGUCGAGACCCUAUCCCUGGGCACGAGGAUCACGUUUGGAUACUUGGUCUCUUUCCUCACGCUCAACUUCAUCGUCAUCUGCGAGAUUUGGUGGGAAGUCGUCGGAGUCGCCACUUCCUAUACCAUAAACCUGGUCGCUGUGGCUAUAGUUUCGCUCGGAUGUACAGUUCAACAAUCCAGUUUUUACGGGUACACGUCGAUGCUGCCCAGCCGCUAUACCCAGGCCGUCAUGGCUGGGGAAAGUGCCGCUGGAUUCUCGGUGUCGAUCAACCGGAUACUAACGAAGUCGUUGAUCGAGGACGAACGUGGCAACACUUCCCUCUUCUUCGUCGUCUCGAUAAUCACGAUAGUCGUUUGCUUCGUCGUCCAGCAGAUCAUCUACAAGACCGAGUUCGUUCAGUACUACAUCAGCAUGUGUCAGGAGAGGAAUAAGAUCACACUCGAACCUCAAGAAGACGCCGGCUUGGUGAGGAUGGAUCCGUUGGAUCAAGGAAACGAUCCUUCCAGGGGACAGUACGGAGUUCUGAAGUUGCAGACCAGUCCCUUGGGACCCGAUUCAGCCGGAGGAAGUGUGGACAUGGGAAACACUACCGGUCAGUUCUUCGAGUUCUCCUUCAGCAAUCCGGUCUACGAUCCAACUGCGCCGUCCGGUAAUCCACCGGGUAGUGCCGGACCGACUUACAAGGUUGAAGACAUCGUCGUUAUGAGAGGCAGCUACGGAAACACUCAAUCUACUACGAGCAAGAGAUGGUCCGGCAUAAAACGUGGACUCGUCGCUCGAAUGGAGGUGGCGAAGCUGAUCUACCCGUACAUGGCGAGCAUCGGAAUAGCCUACUUCGUAACUCUCUGCCUCUACCCCGGUAUCAUCUCCGAGAUAAUCUCCUGCAAGUUUGGCUCGUGGAUGCCGGUCAUUCUCAUGACCUGCUUCAACGGUGCCGAUUUGAUCGGAAAGAUGCUGGCGACGCUUUUGUGUCAGUGGACUCGUACGCAGCUGAUGAACUUCUCGUGCGCUCGCACGCUACUUAUCCCAUUGUUCCUGAUGUGCGCAAUUCCACGUCUCUCGCCGGUUCUCUCGAACGAGCUGUUUCCCGUGAUUCUCUCGAUCGUCCUCGGCAUUACCAACGGAAUCGUCGGCAGUGUACCCAUGGUUCAGGCGCCUACCAAAGUCGCCGAGGAGUAUCGAGAACUCGCUGGCAACAUAAUGACGCUGUCCUACACAACCGGUCUGAUAUUCGGCUCGAUCCUGGCCUACAUGCUGGACGCGUGUCUAGGCCCUCCAGUCACGGCUAAGCAGAUCUGUCCCAAGCCCACGAUCUACCCUGUCGUCGCCAUCACCCCCAUGAGCAUCAGCAACGUCACCAUGAACCUCUUGACCACCGCCGCCACUAGCUUAACUGCCACCACCAGCAGCACCCCCAUCCCAACAACGACCCCGACAACGACAACGACCACCACAACGUUGGCCAGCACGAUAGCCAUGAUCGUGAAAGCAACGAAGAAGGCCGGCAACGCGACGAGACGAGCCACCAAGAUACCAAAGAUCAGGACGACAGCCAGUACUCUGGCGACUGUCUUCCCUUGGGCUGUGAUGACGAGCACCGCGAGUGACGCUGUCUUCAGGACGGAGAUGAUGAACGCGACGAGCACGGCUAUUCCGAAUUUGCUGGCCAAUGCUACGGCUGCCAUCGGCAACGGUAUUUUCCAACACUAGACUGCGGCUGCGUAUGAUGGAGAGAUAUGUAAGUCUUUUCGGAUUUUUCGAGGGAGAGUUACGGUACAUUUUCGUUAUUAUAGUCUAAAAGAGAGGGUGAGUAGAUGUAUGAAGAGGUAGACCUAAUUAAUGUUUAUAACGCGGGAUAUCGAUUCAGCGUUUUCUUGACUUCGCGUCGCGCGCGUCGAUACUCCUCUAACCACUUCUACGUGACUAAUUUAGUACAAUAAUAAUGCAAAAACGGGGUCGACACACAUUCCAGUCCGAUCAAGUAAAUUUCCAAGUUUUCCCGAAGCCCAGAAUUAAUGAUAGUUUGUUCGAGACGUGAAUUUUAUAAAAGAAAAACAGCUAUACACUUUUGAAGCUGAAAACAGUUGCGAAUAUGUAGAUAAAAGAUAAGCUGAUGAAAUUUUUUCAGUUUGGAAUUUUACUCUGUUGUGUUAUUGCUUUGAGGGUGACUGAAGAUUAUACAUUCGAAAGGGAUCAAAUACUGACUAAAUCAUUGAGGAUAGAAAUUUUAUUUAUUCAUUCACGUUUUCAGCGGUAUACAGACAUAUACUUGCGUGAGCAAAGCCAUAGAGACGAGUGAUGAAAUUAGAUUUGAUAAUUAUAGAUUUACCGAUCAUCAAUGUAUAAUCACAUCGUUAAAUUACAUAUCGUGUUUAACGUGUACAGAAGUAUUUAAAACUUCGAAGAUACUCGGUGUGAACUAGAUUAAUUUAUCCAUCGAUAUACAUAUAUCUAACUGAAAAGAAUAAGAAAAAAAAACGUGAGACUGCAUCUAUACAUAUACUAUACAAUAUUCAACGUAAUUUUGCAAUAUUAAUUUUCUCGACGAAGUAUAGCUCAUUCGGGAACCACGAAUAAGAUCUCUAUCAUCAUAACAGUAGAUAUUGCGUUUUCGCGAAUACGAAUAGAUGCCUUUGGAAAAAUUGUUGAGAAAUUAUUCCAUACACCACAAAAUUUCAUAUAAGGGAAUGCAUUAAGCAGAGGAAAUGUGAUCGUUUUAAAUACUGGCGGUCAGAGAAUAAUAGAGACUUACGAGUUGUUCUUGGAAAAUGUACUGUGGUACUCGAUAUUAAUGUGGUCGGAAUCGUGAUAUUACGUAGAAUCGUGCAUUUUCAGGAGCUUUUUUACAUGUACAUGUGUAUAUUGACUCCUGAUGAUAUGAUUCGUAUAUUAUGUACUUACAACUUUUUCUGAUGUAUCAUGCAAAUAUGCAGCUGUUUGAUAACGAAUGUUCUGUCUUACUGUAGUUCAAGGAUUGAGGUUGCAUGUUUUCCACACUAUUGACCAUAUGCUUAUUUUCAAUUUUAAGAAGACACGCGUUAAAGUUUGAUUUCUUAUAAAUCUUGUACAUAAAUAAAUUGAUUGAAAAUCGGAUGUAGUUAAUGAAGUCUAUUAGCUCUUCCAGCACGAUUUUCAACAUGAAUAAGAUUGUAUUACUAAACUUGUUUUUAGAACAUCAUUUAAGAAUUUUUUAAAUUUCAAAGUUUUCAUAUAUACAUAUACACUCACUGUGUUAAAUGAACUAUUACUAUUAUAUGUUGAGCAUAUAUUGAUAUUUGCAAAAUGUUAUACGCGUUUUAAAAUGACAUUUUGUUUGGCAAGGAACAGAGAAAAGUGUAUGCAGUUGAUAAUAAUUUUGUAAUUUGAAAAUUGUGGUGUUCCUUGUUUACCUUCAAAGGAAGGUGCACAAGCUAGAUGAAUUGUGAAAUAUUUAUAAAUGUAAUAAAAAGAUAUAGUAAGUUAUUUUCUGUGUUACCGGCAUAGGCAUCAGUAUAAUUGCGAUUGAAUUAUCUCGUUUUCCAGGCCGAUUGUUGUAUAAUAGGUAUACGACAAUUUCAAGUUUUAUGACUGUUGGAACGAACAUAUAGAAAUUUGUGCAGUGGCGGUUUAAAGAUUUCAUUUACGUAAAUCUUUCUGGCGAUAUCGUUUUCGUAUGUUUUCAAGAGACACGAAUAAAAAUGUUUGUACAAAAAUUAACACGAAAUAUACAAGUAAUUUUCUACAUUAUGAAAAUUAUACAAAAAAGGGUAUUUCUUGAAGAUAUGUAUACAUACCUCUAUUGGGAUAUUAUAUAGAAAAGAGCGUUGAAAUUGUUGUUGGUUCUUUGCGAAUGUAUGUGUGUAAGCCUUAAUAGAUACAUAUGCUUGUUACGUAAUAUCAUCCUUGUACGAAUAUAAUAAUAUACUUGUAAACUUUUCUGAGAAAGAAAAAGUAGUAACUAUGCUUCGACGUUACUUUUACUCUAGUGGUUUAUAAAAUAUAACAUAUCCGAGAUACUUUUGAUCAUAAUCGAACCUUUUUAAAGUGAGUCCUACGCUCAGAAUUAAGAAGUUUAUUGUCACAGAAUCAUCAUUUAAAUUUAUUCGAGAUAAAAAUCGAUUUAUAAUUGUUAUAUGGAUCAGAUAUACAUAUUUCAAUAGCGAUAAGUCUGUGAGUUUAUGUAGGAGUAGAAUUUAAAAAAACAAAACUUUCGCACUUGGUUUUAACAGUGGUACCCAUUUUUCCCAUGCAAGACUAAUAUUUAUACGUUCCUCUCUAAAAAAUCAAAUCUAUUUUAUUUACAAUAAAUGAUGUAUUUUUGUAUUAUAUUGAUUCUUUUAUAUACACGUUUUUAAAUUUCAACACAAAAACACGAUACGUGACUGCAACGUCAAUAAUUUAUCUCUCUACAUAAUUAUAAAAAAUAAAGGAAAACAUGUUCAGAUUUGCCCUUAAAAGUCAAUCGAUCUCUACUGAAAAAAUAGCUAUAGAAACAAGCUCACUACGAAUAAUAGGAGUAUAAAAGCUAAAAUAAAAACGUAUAAACAUGCAAAGGAUAUUUUUUUAGAGAGCAAGUAGCUAGCACUAUAAACGAAUAAUUAAUCAUUGUGUACUCCACCUUUUCUUCUCCUCAAGUAUUAGAAGAUAAUAGUAUAUAGACCAAUAGAUCGUUUAAUUUUUGACAAACAUGUUUUGUAUUUUCAUUUAUCACUCGAUUAUAUACUUACAUAACUACCACUAUGACGUGUACAAUAAAUAAUAAUGUGAAAAAUGGAAACGGUGGGUAUGAAAUAAGUAGCGACAUUGUUUCCUUUUGUUGUAAUAUAUUAUGCUGUAUUUUUAAUUUAAAUAAAUUUCCUACUUCCGAACAAUUAUAUCAUAUAUCAACGACGAGGUGUACGAUAAGCUCAAGGCCGACGUCGAAGUAUCUCCCCCCAGAAUUGUUUGUAGGUGUGAAAUCGAGUUAUAUGCGACACGCGAGUGAAUAUUAUAAUGACAAAAAGAUUGUUCUUAUUCGAACGAAAUGAAGAUGAACCCUUGCAUAGGGGCGAUCGGCUCUGUGCAGAAAUCGUAACAAUUUCUGCUGACCGCAAUUAUCAAUAUGUACAAAUAAUUAACAUAUGUAUAUAUAAUAUAAUAUAUAUCUUACAACUAUU